AUGGAGCCCAGGCAAUUCUUCCUCCGACAGAACUCCAACGUGGAGAACCUGCCCCCCCACAUCAUCCGCCUGGUGUACAAGGAGGUGACGACGCUGACCGCUGACCCACCUGACGGCAUCAAAGUCUUUCCCAACGAGGAGGACCUUACCGACCUGCAGGUCACCAUUGAGGGCCCUGAGGGGACCCCGUACGCUGGAGGCCUCUUCCGCAUGAAACUCCUUCUGGGGAAGGACUUUCCGGCCUCCCCGCCCAAGGGCUACUUCCUGACCAAGAUCUUCCACCCGAAUGUGGGCGCCAACGGCGAGAUCUGUGUCAACGUGCUCAAGAGGGACUGGACCGCUGAGCUGGGCAUCCGGCACGUGCUUCUGACCAUCAAGUGCCUGCUGAUCCACCCCAACCCGGAGUCGGCCCUCAACGAGGAGGCGGGCCGCCUGCUGCUGGAGAACUACGAGGAAUACGCGGCCCGCGCGCGCCUGCUCACCGAGAUACACGGAGGCGCCGGUGGGCCCAGCGGCGGGAGGCCCGAGCCUGGCCACGCCGCAGCCAGCGGGGCAGCGGCCUCCAGUGCUGACCCCACAGCCCCGGGGGGUCCAGCGGGGGCUGAGGGGCCCAUGGCCAAGAAGCACGCGGGCGAGCGCGACAAGAAGCUGGCAGCCAAGAAAAAGACGGACAAGAAGCGGGCGCUGCGGCGCCUGUAG